GAACAUGCACACCUGGUGAGUGAGUGUCGUGAAAUCAAUCGGGCCAAAUACACUCCUCGACCGUUCGAAACGUCUGCACUGCAUCGCACGCGAAUCGAGAUCAGUUGGGAUAAGACUCCGGCUGAGCGAACCUGUUGGUUACGGGAUCAGUUCAAACCGGAAGCGGAUCCGCGAUCGACUCUGACCGAGGAUCGGGACGAGUUGGAGAAAUACGUGGUUCUUUCAUCAAGCGGUGCUAGUACGGCAGCCAGCUCAGAUGUAGACGAGGAGCCCCCAGCUCCAACCGUGCCUCGGAUUCAUCGACACCGACCAAAAAAGAUGGCUCCCGAGGAUCUGCGUGCCGCAUUGCUCAGUGCGAUUGGCAUGGAUCCCUCCCGUCCAAUCGAAUCCGACGAUGAGCCAUCGGGCACUCAGAUGACUGGAAAACACCAGAAAGAUCCCUCAAAGACAAACAGGGACUGUCGAGACGAUAAUGCUGAGACUGAAGAGGAGCAGGAGGAGGAAGAAGAAGAAGUGUUCGAUUUGAAUCAAGGGAGCGAUGUCGAAAUGGACGAAGCCGAUGAACAAUACGAGUUGGGGCCAGUGGAAAAGAAAGUUUCCAAACAUUCUCUCGUGAAUGCACAAAAACGAUCACAGGCGGGUUCGAAAACCAAGAAAGUUCGUCGACGUGUCUUGCCCGAGGCAAUGGACGAUGAGUUUGGGGACAGUUCAGCAUCGUCAGGUGCAGAGGAUCCAGAGGAACCACCAUCUACUGCAGAAAAAUCCCGCAAGCGCAAGUACAAGGAAAGACAGCAUUCUGUUGAGGUGGUCACUCGAACACUGGAGGUCGGACGUCUAGACUCCAUUGCCAACCUGAUCGAACGAUUAUCCCGAAUACUGCUAACUGCUAUGUAG